GCACGCGCCACGAUUAUUUGCGUAUUUCCCUCAAGUGCGCGCGCACGUGGGCAGAAAAGUCAAAACCGAUCCUUCUUACAGACGGGAUAGAAAUUCGCCGGGCGAACAAAAUAAUCUUUUCAUAUUUUCUAACUAUUGUUGUUCAGCCAAGUAACCCUAUUGAGUGAAACCACGAUGACAGCUGCAGCAGUGAUGGAGCCAACUGGAGAAUACCUGCAGUCAUGCAGCCCUGAGGAGUGUGAUGUCUCAGUGAUAGAUGUUGCUGUGGAGUCUCCAGCAAAUGAUUCAUCAGAGGAAGAGUGUUCUUCAGAGAGGGAAGAGGAAGCAGACACAGAGAUGACCCCAGCCCUGCAGAGUGGAAGCUCUGUUAGCACACAGGAAAGCAAGCCAGUAACGGCAAACGCGGAUGUGUUGCGUCCCGACACGUUAAACCUUAAUGAGCUAAAGCUAUGCACAACAAAAGAGGAUGGGGAGGUGAAGCUGAGGAUGGGAGAUUCUGGCCAAGCUGCAGAGCCCGCUAUCACAGUCAAUCAAAUGUUCCUGCAAACUGUGGAGCAGUAUGGGGACCAAGUGGCGCUGGCAUCCAAGGACGGAGACAACUGGAACAGACUGACCUAUAAAGAGUACUAUCAGAGAUGUCGAACGGCAGCUAAAAGCUUUUUAAAGCUUGGGCUGGAGCGUUACCAUGGAGUUGGGAUCCUGGGAUUCAACUCUCCUGAAUGGUUCAUUGCAGAUAUCGGAGCUAUUCUAGCAGGAGGAUUUGCAGUUGGCAUCUACACUACAAACUCUCCUGAAGCUUGUCAGUACGUGGCAGAAAACUGUAAAGCGAACGUCCUUGUCGUUGAAAAUCAUAAACAGCUGCAGAAGAUUCUUCAGAUUCAAGACAAACUCCCACAUGUGAAAGCCAUUAUUCAGUACAAAGAUGCACUAAAAGAGAAGAAACCAAACCUCUACACGUGGGCAGAGUUUAUGGAGAUGGGAACAGAUGUCCCAGAUUCCCAGCUGGAUGAGAUCAUUGCCUCCCAGAAGCCCAAUCAGUGCUGCACUCUAAUCUACACCUCAGGGACCACCGGCCAGCCCAAAGGAGUUAUGCUUAGCCAUGAUAAUAUAACCUGGACCGCGUCUGCUACAGGAAAGACGGUGAAGCUGAAGCACGCCUGCGAGGCCCAGGAGGUGGUAGUCAGCUACUUGCCGCUCAGCCAUAUAGCAGCUCAGAUGAUUGAUAUAUGGCUACCCAUCAAAUACGGAGGGGUCAUCUACUUUGCACAGCCUGAUGCACUGAAGGGCUCCCUGGCGAUCACCCUCAAAGAGGUGAGACCCACAGCAUUUAUGGGCGUCCCUCGCGUCUGGGAAAAAAUGCAGGAGAAAAUGAAAUCGGUCGGCGCCAAGUCUUCUACUGUCCAGAGGAGGGUGGCAUCCUGGGCUAAAGACGUGGGGCUCCAGACGAACCUGAACAAAAUGCACGGGAAUUCCUCACUCCCGUUCAGUUACCGCCUGGCAAAGAAGCUGGUGUUUAAGAAGGUGCGCAAGGCUUUGGGUCUGGACCGCUGUACCAAGUGCUACACCGGUGCAGCUCCCAUUACUAAAGAUACCCUGGAGUUCUUCCUGAGUCUCGACAUUCCCUUGUAUGAGCUGUACGGCAUGAGCGAGAGCACAGGGCCGCACACGAUUUCCAUUCCCAGCGCUCACAGGCUCACCAGUUGUGGGAAAGUGAUCUCUGGGUGCGAGACCAAGAUUUUCAGCCCAGACAGUGAAGGGAACGGGGAGAUCUGUUUCUGGGGGCGACAUGUCUUCAUGGGGUACCUAAACAUGGAGGACAAGACGGAGGAGUCUCUGGACAGCGAUGGCUGGCUUCACUCCGGAGACCUGGGGAAGCACGAUAAGGAGGGCUUCCUCUUCAUCACCGGCAGAAUUAAAGAGCUUAUUAUCACAGCCGGUGGUGAGAAUAUCCCUCCUGUCCCAACUGAAGAUGCAUUGAAGGAGUUGCUGCCUGUUAUUAGCAAUGCCAUGCUGAUCGGAGACAAGAAGAAGUUCCUGUCCAUGCUUUUGACACUUAAGUGCAAUGUGAACCCCGAUUCUGGAGAGCCAGAGGAUGAGCUAACCCCGGAAGCCAUUGAGUUCUGUCAGAAGCUGGGCAGCAAGGCCCUCAAGGUCUCGGACAUCGUUGGAGGCAAAGACCGAGCCGUGCACAAAGCAAUCCAAGAGGGGAUCGACCGGGUGAACGAGCAGGCCAGCUCCAACGCACAGAAGAUCCAGAAGUGGACCAUUCUGGAGAAGGACUUCUCCCUUCCCGGAGGAGAGUUAGGCCCCACAAUGAAGCUGAAACGACCAGUUGUCAUGAAGAUGUACAAGGACCAAAUCGACAACUUCUAUAAGGACGUUAUUACACCAACCGUCCCAGAGAACCCCCUCUCAACCAAAUAGGACAUGUCUCCGGGUUGUAACAGACACCAAUCGCAAACACAUGAUCUCUGUAUAGCUCUUUAUAUUGUAACCCUGUGCAGUUUGUUUAGAAUUGAGUCAUUUUAUGUUUGUAAAAAAACCAAAACACAUUAUUAAUGAAUUACAAAUAUACAGACUUGGUUGUCCAAUUUUAUUUAUAUUUUUUUUAAAGUAAAUAUUUAUUAAAAUACCAAAAUUGUUUAUAAUUUAAACACAAAAAUGAAUAGGGUGGAAGAAACAUUGUAAAGUAUUGUUUUUAGCUAGUUAUUUAUUUAUGUAUCGGUUCACAUUACAUGUAAAAAUCUGUUUGUUUGGACCAGUAUAUUGCAUUGUAAGCAUAGCCGAGGGGUGCAUGAUACAUUAUUUGUAGCUAGCCAAAGUUCAACAAGACACUAUCACAGAGAUAUACAGUGUAAUAUAUGGAAGACUGCAAAACAUAUCAUUCCCUUUUAUUUAUUGCAUUGUAUUGUUUUGGUUCUGUUCAUUUUAAAUGUAUAAACUUGAUGAAUGAAAGCUGUAUAAUAUCUAGCUCCUGUCUUAAUCGCCUCUUGCUUUGGCGUUGUGCAAUAUUGCUUGAUCUUGUUUAAGCCAAAUGUUUUGAAGUUUUAAUAUGGAGAUGUCAUCAAAGUUAAUGUCUUUUAUGCCACAAGCUUUACCUUUUUUUUUUGUUCUUGUCCGUGGCCAUGCACUGUCUUAAUAGUGAUGUCUUUAAAAAGCCUUUCGCUAAGUGAAACGAAGCGUCAUGCUGCAAAAAAACAAGCCAUACUACUUUUACUUUCGUUUGGAAAGCAAGGGCACAUUCUAAAUCAGGUCAUAUGGACCACAAAUGAAAUAUUUUAACAUUCAAAUGUUUACUUUUUUUAUUUUUGUACGCCAUGGUUUAAAUGAAUUGUAAUUGAAUUUGUCAGAAACCUCAUGAUGUGGAACAGCCCACUCUGGCUGAUAUCAUACAGUUAAUGUUGUGGAAGUGAAAAUCCUUUUCUUUUUUUUUCAACACAGCUUAAGUGGCACCAAAAUCACACAGUAUAAUGCAAGUGCUGUAAUUUAGUAGUUACAGCGUACUAUAGACAAUGCUUAAACAUCAUACACAUAACUGCUCCAUUAACCCCAAGAGCAUUGCAUGCCCCCAAAUACCAACUCAUUAUAAAUAUACACUACUGUAACCCACAUCUCUAUUUAUAAUACCCAAACUCCAAAACGCUUGGUUCACUAGAUCUAUGUGUACCCCAGGUAGAUGCACAGUACUUUUGUAGUUGGUGCCACCUAAUAAAAAGCCUUACCUUGUUUUUAUGAAGGAAAUGGAACUCGUGAAGGAAUUGCCUCGAUUAGGGGGUUGAGACACCUCAGAGAUGAAUCUGUUAGUUGGCAUAGGAUUGAAUUUAAUGUAAAAUAAUAGCUGUAUAGAAAUCUUUGAAGAUCUCAUUGCUGUUGGGUGUGAUCGUGAAACCUCGUGUAAAUUAGUGCUUCUGUGGUAAGGGUGUGGAAAAACCAGAGCUGUUUUUCUACAAGCAAAUUGUUACACUUGAAUUUCUUUUGUUUUCAAGCUGUAAUCGUUGCUGGAGUGCCAACAAGGGAUUCAGAAACUUGCAUUUGGAGCAGCUUUACAGAUACAUUAAUUUCCAGCAACUCUCUGAAUCCUGCUUAAGUUGAUAAACUAACCUGAGUAAACAUUGCUUUUGGAAAAACUGAACAAGUUUUUUUACUGUAGGGCAGCUAACCGGGUAGGACUGAGUUUGUAUUGAAGAACAGUUUCUUGAGCGUUCAGUGUGUUACAAGUGAGGCAUGAAAGGUGCACUGCAAUGUGUCUCUCUUAAUAGCAAGGACUGACGAGAACUCAUUCAAAAUGGCUUUCUUUAUUUAGUUUUGUGACAGAGGUGUGAUACUGUACACCAGAAAGAGUUUCCUCCAGCGAUGAAAGCAGGGUUUGGGUUCUCCGCAGUCUAGCUGUAAUGAAAUAGUCCCAGCUCUUCCUGAUUUUCACACAUCUGAAGAUAUGAAGGCAUCUUUCAUCCCUCUUUUAAAAUCUCGUGUGCAUUUUAUUUUUUGCGUCUGUUCAAUUAUCGAUGCAGACAAGCAACUGUGAAACUAUGAAUGUGUGUGAUUAUUACAAAUAAAAUGCCUGUAUAUUUA